AAGUACCAGCCUCACCAAUAUGGCGGCGCCCAGGUUUCCCUGAGAGGAUAGGUGACAGUUGCUUGAGGCCGUGGUGGGGAUCAGUUUCUCAUGGCGCUGAGGACCCGCAUCUGCCUGUUGGUGGCGACCGGCAGGCUCCAGGCACGUGGAACGGGUCUUUGUUUUGCAUCAACUACAGCCAGUCUCAAAACUGAGACUGAUGUGGACACAAGCGAAAAUGAGGUUGUUGCCCAAGACUUUACAAAUAGGAAUCCUCGGAACUUGGAGCAGUUAGCCCUGGCCAGGAAGGAGCGUGGCUGGAAGACAACAUGGCCCAAGCGUGAAUUCUGGCAUAGAUUACGGCUUGAGCGGACACAGCAUUAUGUAGAGGCCUAUGUUGAGCGCUGUAAUGGGGAUGUUGUCGUUUCUGCCUCUACACGAGAGUGGGCUAUAAAGAGACACCUGUACAGUCCUAAGGGAGUAACAGCGUGCAAAAACCUUGGCCGUGUAAUGGCACAACGCUGUUUGGAAGCAGGAAUUAACUUUGUGAACUUCAAAGCUGUUAUUCCCUGGGAACAUCGUUGCGACUCGAUCCAGGAAUUUGAGAAAGCUAUGGAGGAGGGUGGCGUCAUUCUGCGUGAGCCACGAAGAAUCUACCAGUAAAAUGGAGACCAUUGGGAAAAUUUUUGAAGGAGCACCAGUCACUUCUUUAGGCAUCUGUACCAGCACAGUGGAAGUUCAGAGCUGGGAAGAGGUGGAAUGUGGCAUCUAACAAUAAAAUAUUUUUAAAUGGACA